UAGACAUUUGACAAAAAAGAUGGCAGCGAUUGCCGACUGUUGUCCUUCGGAUUUAUUGCGAAAAUGGCGCAUUAUGUGAUAUUUUCACAUAAUAUAAUAAUUAUAAGUGGAAAUUUGUGUAGUGCUGCUUUGUGAUGGUGUGUUAUUUUACAUGAAUGACAGUGUUAAUCGUGUGUAAAUAGGACUGCGACUUUCGUCUGGAUAUUGGAUUACACAUAAAAUCUCAGUGACAAUGGUGGUUGGGGAGAGCAAGCGUGCCAACAUCAUGGACGGCAUUGAGAACACAGGCGACGUGCGCCUGCACGACCACCGGCUACGGCUCAAACAGAGGUUUGACAUAGUCAGAAAACUGGGUCAGGGAACGUAUGGCAAGGUACAGCUGGGUAUAAACAAGAAGACAGGGCAGGAGGUGGCCAUCAAGACGAUCAAAAAGUGCAAGAUCGAGUCGGAAGCUGACCUCGUCCGCAUCAGGCGUGAGGUGCAGAUUAUGUCCUCUGUCAGACAUCCAAACAUUGUACAUAUUUAUGAAGUAUUCGAAAAUAGUGAGAAAAUGAUUCUCGUUAUGGAAUAUUGUUCCGGAGGCGAGUUGUAUGACUACCUCAGCCAGAAAAAAGUAUUACAAGAGGAGGAAGCGAGAAGGUUGUUUCGACAAAUUGCCACAGCUGUAUACUAUUGCCAUAUACACAAAAUCUGCCAUAGAGAUUUAAAGUUAGAGAAUGUUUUGCUCGACGACACUGGUAGUGCUAAGAUUGCUGAUUUUGGCCUGUCAAACGUAUUCAAAGAAACGUCAUUACUGUCAACGUUUUGUGGGUCGCCUUUGUACGCUUCGCCUGAAAUCGUCAAAGGAACACCUUAUAUUGGACCCGAGGUGGAUUGCUGGUCCUUGGGCGUGCUUUUAUACACUCUAGUCUACGGAGCUAUGCCCUUUGACGGCUCCAACUUCAAGCGGCUCGUGCGGCAGAUCAGCAACGGAGACUAUUACGAGCCUAAAAGCCCCUCCACCGCCUCGCCGCUAAUCCGCGACAUGCUCACAGUGGACCCACUCAAGCGCGCAGACAUCGCCUACAUCUGCGACCAUUCAUGGGUGAACCUGGGCUGCGAGUCAUCGUGCCUGGAGGUGGCUGAGGCGCUCGCUGCGCAGACGCCGGUGCGACUCGACCUGCUGCUGUCGCUGGCGCCCGCUGCGCCCACCAACUCCAACUCCGUCGUCGUGCCCAACGAGGCAGAGUUGGGUCAGGAGGAGAGUUGCACUGACCUCACCAGCUCCGCGUCGAUGGCCGUGGAGCCCAGCAACUCGGCUGAGAAGAGGAUUUUGGACCUUGUCGCGGAGGGCGGUGAGGAUGCGAUCAAGCCGUCGCCGACGCGCACCAUAGUGUCUGCAGGCGAGAACAAACGUAAACUGGAGCUCGCCAUGUCUGCCAGCGGGUUGCAGAGGAAGAAGGAACGAGUUGGAAGUUGUGCGAGUAUCGCCCCGCAAGCACCUGUGUUGGAGGAGGCGGCAGGAGAUAUGCCUCCGGAAGAUAUGCCUGCGGAACCGACCUCUCCACCAACAUUGAAGUCGUCAGCAACAAUCACGAUCCAGCCUUCGCCCGCCCCUGCGCCCGCCGCCACGCCUAACGAACUAGUCAGAGACCUCACGAGGGACAUCAAAGAGACUCCAAAAGAAACUCCCAAAGAAGACGACUUGAAAGACAAGACCGGCGCGAAGCCCCGCGUCACUGUCAAGAAAAAGGUCUCGCCACAAAAGUCAGUCGAAGAGAAGACGUCGCCGGAUAAGGAAGAACCAAAACCGGAAGAUAAGCCAAGUUCCGUGGCUUCCGCAGCGGACAAGCUCACGUCACUGUCGCUCUCGCAGCAGCCCAACCAGGCGCCCAAGCCGAAGAAACUGUCUAUUCCGGGCGGUAACGUGGGCAGUUUCAAGGAACAGUUUGAGAGACGUGCGUCGCUUACCGCCGCGCCAGAGGUCAAACGCAAUGUUUCCAAACCAGUGGUAUCGAAGAUCGCGAAGCCUAAAGCACAGAGUGAGGACCGCGACCUACCGUCCAAGUCGCCUGACAACGGCACCGUGCGUCUACAGCAGAUCGGCAUUGAACCAUCUCCGGCACCAAUGGAGGAGCAGAUGUCUCGCGGCGGCGUGAAGAAAACUGAGAGCGAGCCCUCGCACAGCAGCACCGCCGUCGAUCCCUCAUUCUUACUGCAAGACGCUAGGAGGAGUCUACAAAACUCGAUGGCUAAGCUAGCGGAGGAGAAAGCGGGUGAAGACCGCCGUCGCGCAGCGCGCGACAUCAUAUCUACCGCCAUCCGCACUGGUAAGCCCCCAGUACCGUAUGGACGGUCGUCGUCUGCAGGGGUAACGUCAUUAGUUUCGCCUCCAGGCACGCCGCCCACGCCCCCUGCCGGGACCACGCCGCGCGUGUUCCGCACUGAAGCGCAUCACCGCGUCGAGGAUCAUCGUCCCUCCAACAGGGGCGUGUCUGUGGAGCGUAUCAUCCCGAUCAACAUAACUCCGGAAGAAGCGCCGACGUCGCCGCCACCCAAGGUUGCACCUGUCCCCGCGCCCGCUGCCGCGCCCAGGCCCGCCCAGACGCCUUUGAGACGCCUAGUGUCCAACGAGUCCACAGCGUCGGAGUCGUGCGCCAGUCCGAGCGGCGAGCCGAUCAAGAAGUCAGCGCGCGAGUUCAUCAUCCCCAUCGCGGUGGAAGGCAAGGGCUACGUCACGCCGCGCCAGCGCAGCCUCGAGCCUGAGGCCUCCUCCGCUUCUAGGCUCGCGCGUACGCCGAAACCACGACGUAUUAGUAGCCUGGUCAGCGGGGGUGAAUCGGAAGAGGAAGACGACUCGCAUAUGCAUCGACUUAGGUCGUCGCGCGCCGCUCGCGCCGAGUCCGUCAGCUCCGGCGAAGAAGAUGAAGAGGAUGAGGGCUUCCACCUGCUCACUGCUGAGAACCUCUUCUCUACGUUGCUACACAGGGUCCGCGCGCUGACAAACCGUCUGAACGGCGAGGAAGGCCCGGGUUUCCCGCAGCACCCACACUCGCUCUUCAACAACCUACACCAGUCGCCAUUCUUUAACAGCCCUCACUUACCAAGGAGAAAUCUAUUACGCGAGGGUUGGGGCUCGCGCGACCUGCACGCGGAUUUCGACUCCAUGUUCAGCAAGCCGCGCGCGCCGCUGCCGCGAGGUAAUAGUAAGAAAAGCAAGCACCAAACGAAGACCUCCCAAACCCCGGAAUCGACGGUCGCGAGCGGGUUAGAUCUGUCGGACUUGGACCUGAGCUCGAUAGAGUUCUCGGAGAAGGAGAUGCGCGCGCUGUCGGGGCUGACGCCGGCGCUGUCGCGGCGCCUGCAGCAGCAGCUGCUGGCGCACCUGCCGCCCGCCGCCGCGCGCCAGCUGCGCCGCACGCUGUCGCUGCACGCGCAGCCCGCGCCGCCCGCGCCGCCGCGCGCCGCGCAGCGCCAGCUGUCGGCCGGCGCCGUCGCCGCGCCCGCGGUUACAAACAACGAGUCCACGGACUCUGGCACUGCCGCUCCGCAAGCCGAAGAUAAAACUCCCGAACCAAAAGCGAAAUCUCCCGAAUUUAAGGCGAAAUCUCCUGAACCGAAGGCGAAGUCUCCCGAGCUAAAGGCGAAAUCUCCCGAACGGAAGGCGAAGUCUCCCGAGCCAAAGGCGAAAUCUCCCGAACGGAAGGCGAAGUCUUCCGAGCCGAAGGUGAAAUCUCCCGACCCGGAGCCGUCCGCGCCUUAUCCGCUCCGGGACGAGCUUGAGCUCCCGGCGCCCCAGUUCUGCACGCUGCCCCGACUCAAGAGACAUUCAACACUCUCGAGGGAGUCAACGCCGCCGAUCUCGACCUCGACCGAUGCUGACGAUCGUUCUUUGAAGCCGAGCUCGCUCGCGAAGGAACCGGGCCAGUCUCGGGGCAGCAGCGUCCGCAGUACGCCCGACCGGCCACUGCUCAGUAAAUAUCUGACGCCGGAGAGAAACGUGUCGCUGGACGAGUCGUACUCGUCGGACGGCGGCAGCAUCCUGUCGGAGCCGAGCUACAUCGCAGCGUACGGCGCGCCCGCUGCGCUCGGGCUGCGGCGACACUCGAUGCGCCUUGCCGGUGAACAGCCCCGAAAACGUAUUUCCAGAUUCUUGCGUUCCGAUUUCUUUGAUACUCCUCCCGACGAAAGUAUUUACCUCAAACACAAAAAGGAGAAAGAAUUGGAGACGCAGAAAAUUCUCAGGGAGAUUCGGGAGAAGAAAAAUAAAUGUUUAGAAACCUCCGGAGUGAAGAGUCCUACGGAAGCGGGAGAUGUUCAAUCAUUGUUCAAAGAUGAAUCUACAUACACGCGUAAAUGCUUAUCGCCGAUCUCACCUAUUAGCAUUUUGACAGGAAAAGAACGUAGUAGAUCAAAUACGCCGUUUUUCCCGAUUUUAGACAAUAUAAAGGAAAAUACUUUAGACUCCUCCCUUACAACUGAUACGAAGCGAUAUACACAACCUGACGAAACAAAACAAAAAUAUCAAAAUGAAGAAAACACUUUGAAUAAGGACACGAGAUUAAUGAGGCCAAAGAGUUAUCCUGUGAAAAAUAUAGACUCUUUCGACGAAUCCAGUGAUAAUACUGUAAUAGACAAAUCUUCUAGUAAAGAUAUAGAAUUUAAAGAUAAAACUUUACCCAGAGAAUCGAAGUUAAUAAGGCCAAAGAGUUAUCCCACAAGUAGUCCAUCUCCAGAGAAAGUAUUUGUAAACCGCAAUGUUAAGAAUGAUGAAACAAAGGCGAUCACACCGAAAGAAGAAGUUGCAAGUCCUGCGACUAAAAAUGACGUUGAAGUAUGUUUCAGUAUUACUCUACCUAAAAAAGCCACUAAAAUGGCUGGGUCUAAAACUGACACCCUGAAAAAUAGUGAAUCUUUAGAGAAAGAUGAUUUAAAACUUGAAAAUAGUAAAAAGUCUGCCGAAAACAGUCUUGUUGUUAAAAAAUAUCAAAUAGUUAGCAGUACUGAUGAAGAUAAGUCUGAUGUUAAAGAACAUAUGUCUGAAAAUGGCUCGGCUAUUACAAACGGUGUUGUCGCUGAAAAUGUAGUGAAAAGUAACAUUGAUGACACAAAAAUUAAAGCUAUGAAUAAUUCAUCUAAAAAUGAAGAUCUAAAAUUUAAAUCAACAGAAACUGAACCAACUGAGAAGAAAGGUACAAUUAAGAAAAAGAUUAUUAAGAAAGUGACAUCAAAAUCAAAAACAGAUGCAGGAAGCAGUCAGGAGGGAACUGACAUUAAAACUACUGAGAAAAAGAAGGUCACAAAGAAAGUAAAGGAAAAGAAUACAGAUGACGGCACAAAAACAACAACUGUCACAAAGAAAAAAUCAGUUUUACAGUCUAUAGGACAUAAAUUAGAGAAACUAGCUUCAACCAAAUCAAGUUCUCCAGAAAAAGUUUCUGAGAAUAAUAUUACCAACCAUGAAAGCAAAAAAGAAACUGCCAAAGUAAACAGGAUGCAACGUGAGCAAUCUGUCCCGGUGAGCGCUGAGCCACCUACGGAAUCGAAUCUCAUUAAAAGAGCAGUCACUUUAACUGACGUUGCUGCUCUUGAUACUCCAACUUCUACACCUAGUAAAACGACUGUGUCCAGAGUUCUGGGCCUUUUUAAGAAAUUCGAGCCUAAAGAAAAAGCUCCUAAACCCUCUGUAGAAAAAUCUCAAAGUGAAAAUCUCGAAACCAGUGCCGAAGCCAAGAGUGAACCAUUAUCGGAAUCCGUUUUAAAUAAUAUGGAGAUUGAAAAACCCAAAAGACCAACGUCUUUGCUCCUGAACGGAUUAGGGCGUAAAACCAAGUACGGAAGAGCUGCCAGUGAUAGUGUUUCAGCAGUAACACUAGAUAAUGAUGACGAAAUUGCAAAUAAAAAAGAAAAUAAUUCUAAGAAUAUAAAGAACAGUUUAAAAUUAGACUUCUCCAGGUUGCCAAGAGUAAAGAAAAUAGUUCCUACUAAUCCUGUGAUAGAACCACAAAUUAUGAAUGUUACCUCCGACGACAAAGAUUCUGAAAAGAAAGAAAUUGAACGGAAUGGUACUAUACUAGACGACAGUUUCAAAAUUAGGGAUACAGCAUAUACGCAAAACCGUAGUCGCUCCCGAAGUAGAUCAACUUUUUCAAAUUCUGAAGUCAAAUCUGACAAUAGUGCUGAAGUCAAAUUUUUAGAUAGAAAUCCACUAUCUCCUCCUGAGAGUAUAUCACAUCCUGUAAGAAAUCAUGAAUCUACCACACCAGAUAAAGAGGAUAUAGUUGAAAGAAUACGAAGAAAGAGUUUUUACUCGAGGUUUAACGAAAAGAAACAACGACGUAAAAGUAGUUUGGUUGGGCCUGGGGCUGCUGAAUACGAUCCAGUAGCAAGAAUACACUCGCAACCGACCGAGCCUAAGUUCGAUGUAUCACCUACUUCGCCCGUUACUUACGAUCUCUCUCCUGGAUACUCGGUUGCCUCCGAUUUAUCUCCCUCAACAGAUCGCUAUAGAUCUCUUUUGACUGAUUUACCUACUACAACUAGAAGUAACUUAAGAUUCGACAACUAUGGACUGAGCGAUAAAAUUGAUACGUACCGAUCUCUGGACCGAAAUGAAUUUAGAAAAUAUCCCGGAACCAGAAGCUAUCUUGAUUACGAUCAACCGUCAUCUUACACGUCACAUCGCUACGCUAGAACUAAGUCCCUGCUAGAUAGUUCUGACGGUACGGAAGAUCACAGCCUCGGCAGUCUGCGAGACCCGCACAAAUAUAAUAGAACUAUUUCCAUGUACGCUCCAGGCAGUUACGCCACCUACAGACCGAAACGAACUCUAAACUCAGCAAUUAUUUUAAAAGAGAGCGAAAAGGAACCGAGUCCAGAAAACAUAUUGGAGAAAAUCCGACAAAGGAAAAAGGUCUCGAUCAGCAUCACCAGAAAACCAGACCCUGAAAAGGACCCACUGUCAAGAUCCGAUGUCUCAUCUAAAGGCGAAGGCGACGGUGCAGAAUGCUCUGAGAAAGUUGACUGAGAGGCACUAUUAAAUACCAACCGUCGCUACGGAGGGAAUAAUUUGUGAUUUGCAUUUGUUACAAAGUCACUUGAGAGUUUAUAAUCAUUUUACAAUAGUUAUUGAACAAUUUAGGCUUCUAGUGUUAUUGUUUUAAUUGCACAGAACAAUCAUUGCAAAGCACAAUGUUGAAAUUAACGAGAUAUUUGCCUUUUUCGAGACUGUAUCGACGAUAUUCUUGCCAAUUACAUGCAUAUUGAGUAGUUCUGCCGUAGUGUUCUUCACAUCGAAUCUCACGGAUGACAGAUGCUUAAGAUAAGACUGUCUUUAGGUGGCAAAGUAGAUAUUUAUGCCAAAUUAACGAAUCUCUGACAAAAUUUACAAUUUUAAUGGAUAAACCACAUGAAUUUGAUUUCGGAAACUAUUUUCUAGUGUUGUUCUCAAGGCUUAGAUAAUUGCAAGUAUGUAGUCAUUAAUUGUGAACACUAACAGUUCUGAAAUAGUUACAAAUCUUGGUUAGUGUCCGACCGAAAUAAGGACGACUAAUUCGAUCGAAGCCGAAUAUUUAUCUUUAGCAAGGAUAUUUUUAACUACUGGUUAAAUAUUAAAAUGUGAUAAAGCGACAUCUUGCAGACGCGUUUUAUACUAAGUCCUGAGAUGGAUAUAAUGAAUCGUAUGGUGACAGACGAUCAGCCCAUUGCCUAUAUGAUAGUGCAUCAAGUUAGUGAACCCAAUUGUUCAGUAGACUCUUACAGCGUGCCCAGGAUAUCUCCCAGCCCAGCAUAAUUUUUCUUUAUCAAAAUUAACGAAAGUAAUUGUGGUAAUAUCUAACACAAAAUUUCCUGACCUUCAGUCCUUCAGUCUCUGGCAGUAGAUAAGACUUCGGCUUCGACUAACCCUGCGGCUGGCUUUUGGCUGAACCUUCGGUCGGACCCUAAGUUUGGUGUUAAGUUUUUCGUCUAUUUGCAGUCACUGUCGCUGCGGUGUAUAUGAUACUGACAGAGACAGCUUUACAAAGGCUGAACAGAUUUUGUUAAACAAAUAUACUACAAUUGAAAAAUAAUAUUUUGCAAAUAUGGAAUUCUUUAUUACAUAUUUAUUGUAAAUUGAUUCUUAUGUGCCUUUAAAUACAACGUAAAUGACUGGAUUUGAUAUAGUCCAUACGUAUAUAGAAAAAAAAAAUGACACGAUUUAAGUGUGUUUGCACAAAAUAUGUUUUACUCAGUAUAAUUUUAAUACUUUUUUAGCUAUUAUGUUUUUUACGUGACACUAAGUUUAAAUGUUUAUUAUAAUCGUAUAGUAUUGAAUGCUAAGUCACGUCGUAACAGUAAUCGAAUAGAAUGGUGCUUAGAUGAAAUGUCUCUAUAGGAAUUACUUAUUUAUAGAUUGAACGUGUUAUAGAGUCACACCAAACGUGUAUAUUUUAGCAAUAGUAUCGAGUUUCAGUUUGUAGAUCUAUUCAUGCAUAAUGUUGACUGUUACUACGGUAACUCAGUAUUUUUAAGUUGUUAAGGUUUCCGUUUGUUUGCCAUCUUCCAUUACGUUAUAUGCAUGACACCCAAGAAACGGCUAGUUUGAUAGAGGUGUUAAAAUAAAGCAAUAAUUUUACAUAAAUCAGUUCAUGUCAUAUUUAUAAUUUAUCAUCUCAAUCCUAUUUAUUAACUUUAUUAGAAUUGAAAUUAUUUAUUUGUGUGUGGUGAUUUUUAAUAUUUUUCAUGUUAGUCAUAGUCGCUACACGAGUGGUGAAACUAAAACUGUGAUUUUUACGAUUAAUAUUAAAACUGCUAUCACACACGUUUUGUAUUGAAUGUGAAUAAAUUAAAUAGUUGAAAA